UGUGGUGAAUAUACGUGCGAAAAAUAAAAAAAAAAAAAAAAAAAAAAACAGAUUCACACAGUAAUGUUCAAUUGUUAUUUUUUCUAAAUAUUUAUAUUGAAAAACAUUGAUGAUAUAAAAUUAUAAACAAUAAUUAAAUAAAAUAAAAUAUUAAAAAUUAAAAAAUAUGUCUCAAGAAGAUGACGUGAGCUUCUUGUACAAAACAAUGAUUGAACGUGAUCCUAAAAAACGACGUGUAAAACCGGUGGAAUCAGCUCAUCAAUCAUUGCUUGAUUUUGAUAUGGGUGAAAGCUCUGAUGACAGUGAUUUUCGAAUUGAAGAUCAUUGUGAAGAAUCAGAUGAUGAUUCAGUUGAUUCAAAUGACAAUGGAAAAGAUGAAGAAGACGAUGAUGGUGAUGGUGAUGGUGAUGAAUCUGAUGAUUCAAUGAGAAAUCCAUUAAUUGGUAGUAAACAAAAUCAUCAAUCAGAGUUAAAAGUAAGUGAUGUGAUACAACAGGCUAAAGAACAAGCAUCAAAAGGUGGUGUAUUAGAUGAAAAAUUAGCUAAAAUGUUAAUAUGUUGUGGUUGUUUGGGUGAUAGAAGUGAUGAUAUUAAUGAAAUUGUUGAAUGUGAUGGUUGUGGUGUAACAGUACAUGAAGGCUGUUAUGGUGUAUCUGAUGUUGAAUCAUUUUCAAGUACAGAUUCAUUGUGUCAAUCAGCACCAUGGUUUUGUGAGGCAUGUAGUGCUGGUAUACAAGAUCCAUCAUGUGAAUUAUGUCCAAAUAAAGGUGGUAUAUUUAAAGAAACAGAUGUUGGUAAAUGGGUACAUUUAGUAUGUGCAUUAUAUGUACCUGGUGUUGCAUUUGGUGAAGUUGAUCGUCUUGCAAGUGUAACAUUAUUUGAAAUGGCAUAUAAUAAAUGGGGCUCAAAAUCAUGUUCAUUGUGUGAAGAUUUAAGAUACUCAAGAACAGGUGUUUGUAUUGAGUGUGAUGCUGGUAUGUGUCAUACAUAUUUUCAUGUAACAUGUGCACAAAGAGAAGGUCUAUUAUCAGAGGCACACAGUGAAGAAGUUGAUCAAGCUGAUCCAUUUUAUGCACACUGUAAACUACAUUCAGAUAAAGCACUUGUUAGACGUAGACGUAGAAAUUGGCUUGCAUUACAAAUACGUUCACAAUAUAGACAACAAUUAUUAAAACAACCAGAACAUUUUGAUACUGAUGAACAACGUAGAAUUCAACGUAAAUUAGCUAAACAUCGUCAUAAAUAUCUUGCACAUAAAUCAUCACGUGCAUUACCAUGGGUACCAACACAAAAAAUGCCACGUUUAUUAACAACAUCAGCAUCAGCAUGUCGUCAAUUAGCUAAAAAAGCUGAACUUAUGGGAAUUGAACGUGUUGCACUUGAAGCACAAGAAGCACAACUUGUUGCAUUAACUGAUGUUAGAAAAAAAUGGCAUAUACCACCAGCAUUUAGUGUUGAAUUUAUUGGUUAUUAUUUAGAUCGUAAUCUUCGUGUAACAUCAAUGAAACGUAAAUUACAAGAAUUACUUGAUACAAAUGCUGAGUUAAUUAAUGAACAACCAAAAAUUGAUAAAAAAUUAGAUGAAGCAAUGCAUAAUAAAGAUGAACAAAUUAAAAUUAAUAAUAAUUUAAAAGAAAAAAUUGAAUACUACCAUAAAGUAUUGAGAAAAGCUGGUUAUAUUAAACCAUUGCCACUUGUUUGUGAUAUUGCAAGACCAUCAAGUAUUCCAACAACAAUUGCACCAACAACAACAACAACAACAGCUCCAAUUGCAACAACAACAACAACAACAACUCCAAUUGCAAAAACACCACCAACAACAACUGGACAAUUAUCAAGUGGUAUAGGUCUUGCUGGUGUACCAACAGCAGCUGCAUUAAAAAUGGGUGUUGGUUUUCCAUUACCAGUUACAAAAGGUAGCCAAGUUGGGCGUGAAGGACGUGUACUUAGUAGUCAAGCACAACAACAACAACAUCAUUCUCAUUCUCAUUCUCAUCAUCAUCAUCAACAACAACAUCAACAUCAACAUCAACAACAACAGCAUCAUCAUCAUCAUCAAAAUCAAACACAAAAUCAUCAUACAAAUAUUGUCAUUAAACCAGAAUUAACAUUACGUCAUCAGUGUGGUAUUUGUAGACGUUCAACAAAUCAACAUUUAUUAGCUAAAUGUGAUACGUGUCAAUUGCAUUAUCAUUUAUCAUGUUUAACACCACCAUUAACAAGAAUGCCAAAAAAAACAAAACUCAUGGGCUGGCAAUGCUCUGAAUGUGAUAAAGAAUCAUCUGGUUCUGAUGUUGACAAUGUUGAUACAUCAGCACCACGUAAAUUACGUUAUUGUAAAGAUGAUAAUUUAAUUGCAUUAACAACAAAUGAUCAUUUAACAGCAUCACCACAAUUAGUUACAACAACAAAUAAUAUUUGUGAAAAUACCAAUAAUACAACAAAACCAUCAACACCAACAACACCAAUACAAACAAAUACUAUUAUUGUUAAUAAUACAAAUAAUACAAAUAAUAUUAUUGAUAAUAUUAAUCCAACAAUACAAAAUACAACACCAAAAUUAACAAUUAAACCAGUUAAUCCAAAUCCAACAUCACCAAUAAAUAAUGAUGUAUUAUUAUCAACAACAACAACAACAACAACAACACCAAUUCAAGAAGAAACAACACCAACACCAACAGCAGCAUUUUCAACAAAUAAUAUUUCAAUAACACCAAGAGAAGGUUCACCAGAAUACAUGGUUGCACCAGCAGAUGGUACUGAAUCAGUAUCACAAAAAAGUGCCAAAAAACGUAGACGUGAAAAACACAAAAGAUAUUCACCAGAUCCAAUAACUGGUGUUAAACAAAGAAAACGUAAACACAAAAGAAAAAGUAUGGAUAUUGAAAAUCCAGAUAAUCCAAUACAACCAGAAGUACAUAGAAGAAUAACCAUUAAAAUAAAACCAAUACCACGUCCAGCUGGUGAUGAUUCAUCAGCAUCAUGUCCACAAUUAUUUGUUGCAUCAUCAACAAGUAUUGAAAUACCACCUCCAUCAUCAUCAUCAUCAUCAAAUAAUCAUGUUUUUCCAGUACCUGUUGCACCAUCUCACAUAAAUAAUAGUAAUAAUAAUAAUAAUAAUAAUAAUAAUAAUAAUAAUAAUUCAUCAUCAUCAUCAUCGUCAACUUCAUCAACCACAUCAACGACUGUUCAACAAAUUCAAAAUAAUCCAACGAUACCUCUUACCAAUCCACGUCUUUCUGCUGGUGGUAAUAGAAAAAUAAAAGAAGCUGAAUUAUUGACUCAGUGCAAUGUUUGUAAUUUAUCUGGUACAUUACAAAAUCUUGUCAAAUGUGAUGAGUGUAAAAAAUGUUAUCACUUUACUUGUCUGGAGCCACCAGUUAAAAAAUCACCAAAACGACGUGGAUAUUCAUGGCAUUGUGCUGACUGUGAUCCAAGUGCAUCUGAAACUGAGAAUUAAUUGAUCAUCAAUUAACAACAAACAACACACACACUCACACAGUACUGCAUUCGAUUAAUUUUGUAAGACAUUUAUCAAUUAUUAUUAUUUCAAACCGUACAAAGGUAAUUUAAUUUUGUUUUUUAUUUUUUUCGAAAAAGAACAUUUGAUUGUUAUUAUUAUUAUUAUCAUUUAAUACUUGAAAUUAAUUUUGCACUAUUUUAAUAAAUUUAAUUUGAUAUUUUAUUAUAAUGCGAGUAUUUUUUAUGAUUAAAUAAUAAACUAAUAAAUUUUCAAAUAGUACGCUGUAAAUGUAUUCAAUAAUAAAAAAUUAAAAAUUAAAUAAAAA